GUCUGGGUACCUAGCACGUGAUUGAUAUUACUGUGGUACAAUACUGUACAUUUACAAUGCCUAAUCGCUACCUUUAAAGGCCACUAAGGGCACUAAAGCCACUGCAAGCAACUGUCCGUCUAACCCCCUGCCCAGGCCGUUUUUUCGAACGUGGCACCUUGACAAGUUCCCGCGACAAGCUUCACACACACAGGUAACCAUCCGAACUACUACACCUCAUUCGACCCAACAUCCCGUCGCUACAAACCAACUCGAACUUGAUUCGACCCUAAAUAAAAGCUUGCGAUACAAUCAAUUGCGAAGUAUAUUUUAAUUUCAAUUAAAUAAUACACACACACGUACACACCAUCGAGCAGCAAUGAGGGUGCUUCUCCCCCUCCUAAUGCUGGGCUCCGUCGCCCAUGCGCUCUACUUCUUCCUCGACGGCACCAACGCAAAAUGCUUCUUCGAAGAGCUGCCCAAGGAUACUCUAGUGCUCGGACAUUAUACUGCUGAAGAGUGGGACGAUAACCUACAUGCCUGGGCCAAGCACGACGGCAUCAGCAUCUACAUCUCCGUUAACGAAAUCUUCGACAACGACCACCAGGUAGUCUCACAGCGGGGCGCGGCGUCGGGCAAGUUCACGUUCACGGCGGCGGACUCGGGGGAGCACAAGAUCUGCUUCACGCCGAGCAGCAGCAGCGGGCGUACCGGCUGGCUCUCGGCGUCCCAGCCCAACGGCGGCAUCAAGCUCACCCUCGACCUCGCCAUCGGCUCCUCCGAGAUCGAGUCCACCGACAAGACCAAGCUCAUGGACAUCUCCCAGCGCGUCCGCGACCUCAACACCCGCCUCCAGGAUAUCCGCCGCGAACAAAUCUUCCAGCGAGAACGAGAAGCCGAGUUCCGCGACCAGUCCGAAUCCACCAACUCCCGCGUCGUCCGCUGGAUGAUCAUCCAGCUCGUCAUCCUCGGCGUCACCUGCGCCUGGCAGCUAUCUCAUCUCCGGUCAUUCUUCAUCAAGCAGAAGCUUACUUAAAUUAAAAACAAAUAAAUAAAUAAAACCCUGCUACAGCUACCAUCAUCGUAUUGUUGUCGUCAGUAGGUAGCCAAUCAAUGGGAGUCCUGGUUUUGUACGAAAAAAGAAGCUGUUUUAUGGUUAACGCAGCCUAACGGUUGACGAAGGAUAGAGGGAGGGAGGGAGAGGAAUUACGAAAAGGAUGAAGUUGGUUGGAUGUUAUUACUACUAACGGCCCAUCUUCAUAUACUGAUUACAUUGCCCAUACUAGAACGAAA